AUGGACGCUUGUAUUAAAGCCAGUCUGCUUUCUCUGUCACGUCAGAUUACACUUACAAAGUUUUCCACUGCAUUAGCUUUCCAUUAUGAGGUGUAAAAUACGUAUAUAGGUGUAAUUCAGCUGCCCAAAUAAUGGUGAGUUUUCAAGGCAGUUUCUCCGACGUCUUGACUACUUAGGUUUAUGCAAGUUUAUCCACCGAGUUGGGUUCGCGUUACGUUCCAGCAUUGGGGAUACAAGUCAACUUGGACAUAGGAGAGGUCUGAUAUACUGUACAGCAUAAGGAGGUCACACAACAGAGAUUCUUAGGCUGAUGGAAAGUCUUUCUCCAUGUUACAAUCCGAGACAUUAUGUUAUUGCUGAAACUGAUACAAUGAGCAAAGAUAAAAUCUGCUGUCUGGAAGUUUCUAGGAAAUACAAAUAUGCUGAACAAGAGUACACCAUUCAUAAAAUACCCAGAAGCCGUGAAGUCCACCAGUCCUGGAGCUCAACUCUGCUGACUACCUUGCAUUCUCUGUUGUACUCUGGGCCUCUGGUAUUUACACUGAAGCCUGAUUUGAUUUUAUGCAAUGGACCUGGAACGUGUGUCCCACUGUGUAUUUCAGCUCUUCUUCUUGGAGUCUUGGGAAUCAAGAGAAUUCUGAUUGUCUAUGUGGAAAGCAUCUGUCGAGUUGAAAAGCUGUCUCUUUCUGGAAAAAUAUUAUAUUAUUUGUCAGAUUAUUUCUUAGUUCAGUGGCCUAACCUAAAGGAGAAAUAUCCUAGAUCCAUUUACCUUGGUAGAGUAGUAUGAAGAAAAUUGUUUCUUUGUUUGCCAUGUGUAUUUAUUUUGAAAUUAUGUAAUAGAUUAUGUGGCUCAUGAUUUAAUUCAUGUGAAUUUAAAUAAAACUAUUUUAUUAGAA